CAUCAACGAACGAGCUUAAGCUCGUCUUCACUGGUUUCGAAUCGUCAAUUGCUCAGAUCUGAAGUCUUCCAUGGAAAUGGCGUCAAUCUCUUCGAGCCCCCGCACUGUCGAAGAGAUCUUCAAAGACUUCAGCGCUCGUUGCUCUGGAGCCCUUCGUACUCUCUGACCUACGCUACUUCACUAUCAUAAACCCUAAUUUCAAUAUAUGGAUCUGUAUUUAUUUUGUCUCUCUAGUCUCUGCUUUGACGAUUUUGCUUCUCUUUCUCUGUCUCUCUCAGAUAUCGAUGAUUUUUACACACUAUGCAAUCCAGAGAAGGAUAAUUUGUGUUCGUAUGGGCAUCCAAAUGAGACAGGGGAAGUGACAUUGCCGGCGGAGGGAUCAAUUUCGCGAGGUAUGGGAUGGGCAGGAGAGAUUGGCUGUGCAUACUGAUUCUUGGUUGCUUUCCGUUGCUUUCUAUUUUGGUGCUCGGCUUAAUCGCAACGAGAGGUACAGUGUUUAUUGUUGUCGCUUCAUAUUACAAUCUUUAGGUUAUUGAAUUUCGGCUGCAGCUGGGUAUCUUUGUCUGCUAAAAUACAGGUUGUAAAGUCUUAGGGCCGUUUGAUAACUUUUUUGUUUUUGUUUUUGCUUUUUUCGUAAAAAACACGAAAUAAAAACGUCAAACAAACAUGUUAGUGAGUGACUCUUUAUGCGAAGUUCCUUAAGGAAAGCUAGUUUUUGUUGCCAAUGCCUUUUCUAGGUGGAAUAAUAGUUAGAAUGGUGACAUUUUCAUUUGCUGCAACAUUUUCUGGGCAUUGCUAUUUUGAAUUUAUUUGAUUAUAUUUUAAGAUAAAGAAACCAGCUAUAAGCAACUCUUAAUCGUGGAUACACUUUGUAUAAAGAGUAUAUGAUUCUGUUCCCUUAGCCUUUUGCAGAGAGUACCUUGUUUUCCGAGAUUGAAGACUAUUGCUGGUUGUUUUUUUUAAUAAACGAUCUGACAUAGUGUGUGUACAUUUGAUUUAGUUAACAAAUACAAAAAUGAUCAAAAGAAGAGGUGAUCUUAUAACAUAGUGAGGAGAAACAUUGAACAAUCUGCCAGUAAUGCCUUUGAAAGGUAUUAGUUUUUGGUAAGAACCUAAAAAAGGGCACAAUGCAUGCAGCUCCCGCCACUGUAAGAUUUGGGAGUGGUUAGAUGUAUACAGUCAUACCCCUACAUGCACCUAGUUCAUAAUAGAGCAACCUUACCACCGGUCCUAUUUGACUUGUGUAAGAACCUA